CCUUAUGCAAUGCAACGGGGACCCACUAUUUUUAAAUUUUUCCUUCUCUUUUUCUUUAUUCAUCGGCAUGAGUACGCAAUUAGAGAAUGUACAAGCCAUCUCACUCACGAGUAACGAGAUGGAGAUAGCAGGAGAAGGAACGGAGUCUAUUACUGUGACUAUCAAAGACGAAGAGGAAGAAGAAGGAGGAGGAGGCUAUAAAAGGAUGGAUUUGAAAGGGGAGUCUGAAUCGGACAAGGACCUGAUUAUUUAUUCCUUAAACGAAUCAUUGCAGAUUCAUAAAGAGAUUGUGGAACGCACGCAAAAUGAAAAGGAUGACAUUGAGGAUCAAUUUGAACAAGAGAGGAUGAACCGAGAGAAUGAGCGUAUGCAAAUCGUACCCAGACGAGAUAGUGAACUGGGACAAUUACAGGCGAUCUAUGAUGCUGUCGCUGCUGAAUUAGAAGCCAAGAAAUUGGACUAUCAGCGCAUGGAAUCUCGCUUUCAUUCGCAUGUAAAGAAGAAAUCUAGCGAAACACAGGAUAUCCAAACGAUUCAUACUCAGUUGAUCCGAAUGCUCAGUCAAAUUAACAAUUUAUGCGUGUCCACUAUUAAAAAACAAAACACCGAAUAUAUCUUGAAUCUCUUUAGGGACAAUACCAUGAUUCAACAGCACUUUGUGCAAGAGAAGGAUACCCAUUUUCUGGUGGAGAAAUACAUGAUGGAUAUCAUUUUAAAGGACAUCUUUAGUACAUCCAUUCAUCCCGGUGUGUCCUUGAACAAUUCAUUUGGCGCUAUUCAUGACUGGAUCGAAAAACGCAAUGUAUCCUGGGCGGCCCGGCUAAAACAACAAAUUUCGCAGUUUGUCAAACAAUCGGACGAGCAAUCGGUGGAGAUUGAACAAGCGAAAGGGCAGAUUACAUCGCAUGUUUUAGAUUUCCUUAGCCGUUUCUAUGACAACAUUCACUUGUUGGAAGAGACGGUGCUAUGCAUUGUCAAUGAAGCCUUCGAAUUAAACUUGCUGCUAAAGUCACAGGGAGAGGACACGGUCCAGAUGAUGUCGAUCAGUCAAGGCACACAAUAUAACAGCGAUAUCAUGACCGCCGUAAAUGAGGGCGAUCAUGUGCUAUUUGUGAUCUCGCCACCUUUUGCGGCUAAUGGAGUUGACGGUUUUAUUAUACCAGCCAAAGUUUAUUGCGUUUAAUUCUUUUCCUUUUUUUUUUAUUUUCCAUUC